AUCCAGACUCACUCGGGGGAGCACGGGGGCCUUUGUGUGUCUGGGAGAGAACUCACUGGCUGUAGUCACUCGGUGCCUUUAGAUUUAGGGCCUUCCCCCUAGAUCAAGAAUGGUGCUAAGGGAAGGGAGGGUGUGCAGUGAGAAUUAACCUCUGUCCCCUUGGUCUGUCCAUGUCCACCUUCUGGGGCAAUGAAUAUCUUCCACCUGACUUGGAUCCUGGGCUCUGUGAUGCCAGAUCCUUUGUGUGCGGCUAUGACCUGUGGUGGCAAUAGCUGUUGGCUCAAAUGCUGCAGUCCUUGCACGGGCCAAACUCCCAUUGACUCAUCGUUGUGCUCGGUCCCAGUGUGCUAGGUGCUCCGCUGCCCCGAGGAGCUUAGACCCGAGCGUAAGAGGAGACAGCGGGUGGAUUGAACAAGGAGAUGGGGGAGGAGUGCGAGGUAACAGCGAGAUGGUAGCUUUGAAUGAGGAAGGAGUGCUGGCUUUGGCCCAUGGGCUCAAGACCUGGGGUGAGAUUUUCAAAGCUGUUUAGAUGUUCAAAUUAAGGCAAGGAACGUGUCUACAUCCCCUAGGCGGCUCUGGAAAUCUCAGCCCCCGUGACUGUCCCUUCCCCUCUGCUGGCCGUGUGAUCCUAUUGUCAGCGUCACCCUUGGGUCCAUGGCGGGGCUGUGGGUUCACAGAGCAGCCUCGCAGUCCCCCGUCUCUGCGUGUGUCAGGUUUGACAGGUUACGCCACCACCUGUUACCGAUGUACAGCUACGACCCCGCAGAGGACCUGCACGAGGCUGAACAGGAGCUGCUGGGGGAUCCAGACGACACCAAGGUGAUGCGAGGCUGGGGUGGAUAUCAGCCCCAUCGGACUCCGCUCCUGGACAUGAAAGCGUAACGCAGCUCGGAGACCAGUGCCCAGGCGAUGUACUAAUCACCUCCACCCCUCUCCCUUCUUGUCGAUUUCUGUGCUAACGUCAAGUCCUCCCACAUGGAGUUAAUUGUUUAAAGCUCCACCCUCCGUUUUGCUCGACUUCUGCCCCCCUCUCCCCGUUCUGCCCUUUACAAGGUACGGCGGGUGGGCGUAGUCCCUGCCGGUUUUAGCUUCCGAGUGCUGUCAGACGGUGCUGCCCCUGAGCGUUCCCACCGGCGAAGCACUGGAGGCAUGGGCUGAGUCUUGGGUUUGCACGUUUUGACCAGGAACAGCUCUUUCCUCCUCUUGGUUGCGGAUAUAAAACCCUCUGAGCCUUUUCACACGGGCCCAGAAGAGAGGCUGUCGAUCCUGAGAGUGUGUUGGUGAAACUCCAUCGCUGGGUGGCUCAAAGACUCAGCCCCAAUAAACCCAGUUAUCGCAGCCUCCCCUUCAGUAUAAGCCAUUUAAAACCAACGCAGUUGUAGUAUUGCAGAUGCAUCUGCUGACUGCACAGAGAACAAACCUCCUGCAAUGCUGCCUAUCUAUCGAUGCACAUACUGGGUGUGUUACUUUGCAUGGGGCAGUCCCAUGCACAAAUCUGAUUAUUGUAUCUCUUGCUCGCUCUGUAUGGGGACCUAGUUUAAUGGAGCCUUUGCUGCGAUCUUGAAAUAGCUGACAGCAAGCAUGUUUCCUUCAGCCCUGCAAAAGGCCAUUCAGACGGGUGCAUUUGAAACAGUCCUUUGAUUCCAGUCACCCCAGGGCAGGGAUGGGUACAGUUUGGCUAUGCAGUAAAAACAGGGUGAGUUUAGCAGAGCAAAACUGUCUGUCUUUGCAUUCAGCCAAGAGGCCUUAUGUAUUUGCCAAGGAGGAGAAGUCUUCCUGGCACAAAAGCUACUGGAUAGUAAAACAACCGAACUUUGUAAUAGUUCAACAAGGUGGAUCUUUCUAUGUGGAUGAUUUUUGUAUUCAAUAGUAGCUCAUCUCUAUAUUUUGUAAAUAAAAAGGCA